AUGGAAGUUUGUAUUGUAAAACCAGACCGAAUCUUUUUUCAGGAAGAAGCACAAGAAUUACUUCUUCCAACAAACACUGGAUACAUUGGUAUUCUUGAAGAGCACGCCCCGUUAGUUACUGGAUUAGAUAACGGAGUUCUCGCAAUUCGCCAAGGCACAGAAUGGAAAUUCCUUGCACUUCUUGGUGGAUUCGGUGUAAUUAAAGAAAACCGUAUUAAUAUCCUUUGCCGAGAUAUCGAAGAAGCUUCAGGAAUUAAACUUGAUGAAGCAGAAAAACUUGUAAGCGAAGCAAAAGCAGGUAUGGAAAAAGCUGAAUCACGUAAAAUUUAUAUUGAGAACCAAUUAAAGUUUGACCGUGAAACAGCGCGUAUUGCUGCAUUUAAAAUGUGGGAAAACUCUGCCGGUGGACCGCCAGUAUUUAUGAGCUAA